AUGCAUCUUGACAAAAUUCACUUCAACUCCGCUACUUUCAAAAUGGGACGUUUCGACAGUUCUUCACGCUCUCAACAAAUGUACUCUGCAAGUCGGUCACAUCGAGCUGAAACAAGAAAUCGCACCAAAGACGAGCUGCGGAAAGUUAUCAGUUCUAUCGAGAAAGUCAGGAAGUGGGAGAAGAAAUGGGUUCUCAUCAAAGACACCUCUAUCAAAAUACAGAAAUGGGUGCCAGUGACAGCACAAAUGAAUAUACCACCGCCGAAAAUUCCGAAACCGCAGGUGGAUGAAGAUGCAAGUAAUACUAUACAAUCUACUGAAGAAAACUCCCAAGAUUCCAACACUGCCAACACCGCUCCACGGCUAGCUCGCUUUGGCGGGAAUGCUAACGAUGAUUCGAAUACGGGUUUCUCUGAGACCGGGUUCGACUCGGACUCCAAUCAGACGUUCGAGCCACAGAAUUACCAACCUACCGCUGAGCAUGCUUCCACAGACUUCAGUGCUAUGCGAGACGCCGAAAUGGGCCACUAAAGCACUAUUUGCUUGUGGUUGUUUUGCCAUGAUCUCUACAUCAUUUUGGUAAAAUUCGCAUUGUUGUAAUCAUGUACAGUUGUUGUAAUCACCAAUUUAUUGGAUAAAUGUAAUAUGGCAAGUCUGGG